AUGGAACUUACAUCUGGAUGGGUGACGGUAAAUGGACUCUGUUAUGUUGAGGGAUUCACAGAGGGAACUAUCGACAGCUUCCGGGUAGCCAAGAACCGAUUCUUGCCCGAAAAAGAAGCUGUCACAUACAAUGAGCCAACACAGCAGAGUUGCCGGACUGCUUGUCUCAGCAAUUGCUCCUGCACAGCCUUUGCUUUCGCUACUUCUGAUCCUUUGAUGUGUAGACUGUGGUUCGGAGAUUUAUUCAAAAUGCGCGCUUCAUCCAGUGCUCAAUCGGUCUUCAUUGGACUGGCCGCUUCUGAAUUGCUGCAUUCGACAUCUAAGCGAAGCAGCAAAUCCCCUGCACUUAGAGUUGUACUUGCUGCUACUGGAGCCGCUUUCUCUCUCAUUUUGGCUCUCCUGUUGGCCGUCUUUAUUCUGUGUAAACGUCGAAGGCUGGGAAGUGGAGCAUUCGGCUGUGUGUUCGCAGGAGUUCUGCCAGACAACACGCUUGAAGUGGUCAAAAAACUAGAAGGUUCUGCCGGAGCAGAAAAGCAAUUUAGUGCAGAAAUAAGCACCAUCGGGAAAAUACAGCAUGUGAAUCUGGUGAGGCUCUGGGGAUCCUACGUAGUAGGUUCUCGAAGGCUACUGGUGUAUGCUUACAUGCCCAACGGAUCUCUAAAUUCUUUUCUCUUCCACAAAGAGGGGGAAGUAGAAAAGUUGUUGGACUGGAAGACUCGGUUUGAAAUUGCACUGGGCACUGCUCGAGGAUUAGUUUAUCUCCACGAGGAAUUCAGGGAUCGCAUCAUUCACUGCGAUAUUAAGCCUGAAAACAUUCUGCUGGACGACGACUUUCACCCCAAGAUAGCUGAUUUUGGGUUAGUAAAGUCGGCAGGUAGAGAUUUCAGCCGCCUCCUGACGACCACAAGAGGAACUCGUUGGUACUUGGCUCCCGAGUGGAUCUCCGCCCUUCCUAUCACUCCCAAGGUGGACGUAUACAGUUUUGGUAUGACGUUGCUGGAAAUCAUAUCUGGUCGUAGAAAUCUGGAUCUGAAGGUGGACGAGAGCAGGUUGUACUUUCCUACCUGGGCUUCAUGUCAAAUUCAAAGGGAAAACAAAAUAGGCGUUGUGGAUGCAAGGAUAGCAAGUGAGACGAAUAUAGAAGAGGUGAGAAGAGCCGCUAUGGUUGGAGGACUAUGCAUUCAAGACGAUGAGAAUGAGAGGCCGAGCAUGAGUGAUGUGGUGAAUAUAUUGGAAGGAACAAUAGAGGCUCCUGCAUCAGAAAUUCCGAGGUCUCUACAGGUGCUGGUAGAUCAGGUAGACGACUACGAAAGCGACACCUUUGAUCAACAACCAUGCACAUCAAGUGGUUCCGAACCAGCAAAUGAAUAG